GCUGCUGCUGUUGCUGUUGCUGCCCUCCGCCCAUGUCGGAUCCUCUUGCACAAACCCGCGACAUCAGCAGGCAUGAAAGCGUGCGGCUGAAGCAGCAGCUAAGCACCGCACAGCGCCAGCUCCGCGCGCAGAAGACUUCGCUGUCCAGCGAGCGGACCCUUUUCCAGGCCGAGCGACAGAAGCUCCAGCGGGUGAUCGACGCGGCCAAUGGCCGCAUUGCCGGCCUGGAGCGCCUGAACAAGUUUUACUUCGACCGCCUGCGUGAGCUGCGCCGCGAGGGCUGGGCCCCGCUGGUGCCGGACGAAUCAGCCCCUGCUGCCCAGGAUGCCCCUGUGGAUGGCGCCACGGCACCCGGCGGCUCCUCGUCCGCGCCAGCGGUCCCGACGACCACGGCCCCCGUCGAGGAGGCUGACGACGAGGACGACGACGAGGUCAUCCUCUUGAGCGAUGACGACGAGGACGACGCCGACAACGAGCCGCAGGAAGCCCACGACAGCGCCUCCGAGGAUAUGAGCGAGUAUUCGGUCUUCGGCCCGGGGCCCAGCGGCCAGCUUGACAGCGAUGGCUGGCUCUCGGAGGGCCCGCCGCACGAGGUCGAGUCCGAGCCCGACCUUUCCUCACGGCGGACGGCAAUCACCGAGGCCGCGGCGCAGAUUCGCCAGCGCUACCCGGAGCUCUUCCAGCUGGGCCCAUCGGAAACCAAUGCCCCCCUCGUGCGGCGGACCCUCGACACGUUCCUUGACCGCGACGAGGAGCUCCCCCCGCGGAUAGGCGAGGCGGUAACCUUCCUGGUGGAGACCCUGGAGCAGACGCGCGACGACAUGCUCUUCCUCCGGGGGCAAGCCCAGCGCUUCCUCGUGGACCAGGAGAUGGUGUUCGCCGCGCGGCUGGAAGUGGCGCGUGCCGAGGCCGCGGCCCAGGCCCUCACCCAGUCCACCCGAGACCGGCAGCGCGUGGCGUCGCUCGGCCUGGCGACACCGUCCCCGCCGCCGGCCGACCCGGCCACCAACGCGCUGCGGCCCUGAACUCCGUGCUGCCCCGGCCCACCCGGUCCCUCCCCGGGGCGUGGGCAUCCCCCCCCC